UUCACCGAGGACCCACAACAUCAAGUUAGCAGCUAGUGUUAGCGUUAGCUGUCACAGUCCAAAACUGGACGGACCGGUGUGUGGAGGAAGUAGCGAUGUCUGUGUCCCCGGCUGUCACCACACUGUGUGAGAAUUCCAACGAAGUCUUCCUGGACGUCGCCAAGUUGUUGCUUACAUAUGCGGACAACAUUAUACGGAAUCCAAAUGAGGAAAAGUACAGGUCGAUCCGCAUAGGAAAUCCUACUUUCUCCACAAAGCUGCUGCCCGUCAAAGGAGCUGUGGAAUGUCUCUUUGAGAUGGGAUUUGAGGAGGCUGAGACCCACCUGGUGUUCCCCAAGUCUGCAUCAGUGGAACAGCUGAAGCUCAUCAGGGAAUCCAUAGCAGCAGAGAGGUAUCAGAGGCUACAAGGAGGACAGCCUGUCCAACCCAGAGCUCAGGUUGCUGCAGCCUCAGCACCAGAGAGCCUUGCUGCUGUUGCUGCUGUUGCUGCUGCUACUACUCCUACUGCACCUACUGCACCCAGUCAACCGAUUUUACCACCUCCAUCACAGCCAUCAUCCCUGGAGAACAGUAUGAGCUUCUUCGUGACUCUCCAGUCAAACUUCCAACAUGUGAUGAUGUAUGAAAACCCUGAGCUGCUGCAGAAAGCUCUGAGUCACAUCCCUCACCAGCAGCUGUCAUCUGCUGCUCAACACAAGCUGAAGGAGGCUAAAGAUGCUGAUUCGGAUUGUAAAAUUGGAAUAGAAGACUUCCUGGUGCUGGAGUUACUCAGGUGGUUCAAGCAGGAAUUCUUCUCCUGGGUGGACAGUUUGCCAUGCAGCCGCUGUGGAGGUCCCACAAAGAACGCCAGCGCCCUCAGUCCCAGCACUGAUGACCUGCGCUGGGGAGCUCAGCGAGUGGAGAACCAUUACUGUCAGCGCUGUCAGCUCUCCACAAGAUUCCCUAGGUACAACAAUCCAGAGAAGCUGCUGGAAACCAGGAGGGGGCGCUGUGGGGAGUGGGCAAACUGUUUCACCCUGUGCUGCAGAGCCGUUGGCUUGGAAGCCAGGUAUAUCUGGGACAGUACAGACCACGUGUGGACAGAGAUCUACUCAGUCGCUCAGCGUCGUUGGCUGCACUGUGACUCGUGUGAGAAUGUCUGUGACAAGCCUCUACUUUAUGAGGUUGGCUGGGGGAAGAAACUGGCCUACGUCCUGGCUUUCUCUAAGGAUCAGGUGGUGGAUGUGACGUGGAGAUAUUCCUGCAAACAUCCAGAGGUUUUGUCGAGAAGGACCCGUGUUCAAGAGGCGUGGUUGCUUCACACCAUUAACGGGCUCAACGACUCAAGGCAACAGGUCCUGAGUCCAGGCAGGAAGAAGGACCUGACGGAGAGGCUGCUUGUUGAGCUGGUGGAGUUUAUUUCCCCAAAGAAGCCGAAACAAGGAGAGCUGGGGGGACGCAACUCAGGCUCUAUGGCCUGGAGGAUAGCAAGGGGGGAGACCAGAGUGGCUGAGCCAGAGUCUUCAACACAGGCUGUAGGUUACGUGUUUACUCCCACUGAGAAAGAGAAGAGUGACCGGUUGCUGCACGUGUGCUACAGUGCCACCAAAGACCAGUACUGUCGACUGUCCAACAGCUCUGACGUAGUUCAGGGUUGGGAUCAGUGUGUGUGGAGGAAGGAGUCGGUCUUCAGAAUGGUGGAAAAUGACUGGCAGAUGGUGUACAUGGCUCGAACAGAAGGCUCCUCUGUGGGACGAAUGAGCUGGAAGUUUGAUUUUGCUGCAGUGGGAAUGAAGAUAAAGUCUGUCUCGAUCAGAACCAUCAGCCAGACCUUCCACACGGGGAAAGUCUGCUGGUCCUUGCAGUCAGGCCAGACUACUACAGAAUUCUCUGGAGAUGGGAAAAUGCAGUCGUUCCCCAGUUUGUCCGGCUCGUCAGACUUCUUGGUUGUAGCAGAACUCAGCGGCGGAGAAGGGGAGGUAUCGUGGCAGCACUCUCAGCUGUUCAGACAGAGCCUGAAGGAGUCAGAAGUGUCUUCGUUUGAAAUCCUCAUCCACCUAGAAGAUGCCUAACGGUUUAUAUACUCAACAAAACUGGACCUAUAAUACUUUUUCACUCUUUGCUGCUCUGAUGAGUUCAGUGGUAACUGUUUGAAUUAUAGUUAGAGCUCUAAAAUUUUAAAUCUAAAUCAGUACAAUGGGUGUCUGCCUACAGGGAUUGACAGCAACAGCUUGGGCUAUCACAGAUUAUGCACAUUUUAAUCUUUGAAAUGCCUAAAACUCUAUAGCUGUUUUCCGACAUGAACUCUUUAAAAUGUCCACAUAAUUGGGUCUGGACCGAAAAGUCCAAAGGCUCAUACAUUUGCAUUCUCACACUUCGCCCCUCUGGAGAAUGUUGGGAGAUUCUUCUGAGUUCAGUUUGUCUGCAAGCAGCUUAUGAGAGACAUUGAUUCUGAGAUAGACUUGUAAAGAAUUUUGACCAUGAAGCCAUGGAGAUUUGUAACCUUUCUGUCUGUAAUUUGUGAUUUGGGGACAGAUGUCACACAGCAAACCAUGUGUUGAAAACCCUCAUCAGCUCAGGUAUCGCCAGUUCUCCUGUUAGAAAUCAUGUUGAGUGUGUUACUAUUCACACAAUACGUGUUAUUGUCUUUACAGUGCUAUGGUUUUGUUAUAUCUCAUGGAUAAUUGUGUGCGUAAUGAAGAAUGAAGCAGAUCGCUGUUAUUAUUGGUGUAAUGCAAAUAAUCGUUGUUAGGAAAUUGUCUGCUGGUAUAAUAAAGAUAUUUUUUGCA